AUGCAAAGCUUAUCCAUAGUUGCAUCAAACACGGCAGAUGAUCCGACCACCCAACUGCCCCGACAUCCCAGUCAAGCAAGUGCCACAGCAGUCAAUGAAAACUUUCGGGAUAGGUUCCCACAAGCAAUCGGUACAUUUCAGGCAUACCUGCAACAACAUCAACUCUCUGACUACACUUCUCGUGACAUCGGCUGGAUCUCCGGGCUUUACACAGCGCUCACGCUAUUUUUAGGGAUACAAGCCGGGCCUAUCAUCGAUCGCUACAGCCCUAUGAUCCUUGCGCCCAUAGCUACCGUUUUAACUAUUCCCAUAUUUUUCGUGCUCGCCGAAUGUACUGUUUACUGGCAUUUCAUUUUGUGCUUGGGCAUAUUCGGCGGCAUCAGUGGUGCUCUAACUUCAACCAUUGCUUUAUCCAUUGCCGGAAAACUUUUUACUCGAUAUCGCGGUCUGGCCAUUGGACUUGCGCUCAACGGUUCCGCUCUAGGUGGCGUCAUCAUACCAUUCAUGCUAAGAGAGCUGUUCCCAAGUUGGGGUUACAAGUGGACAAUUAGAUUCAUAGGUGCUCUCAUGGCUGGUAUCAUGAUCCCAGGGUGCUUGUGCUACAUACCAUACAUGAAGAUGUACAACAUGCGUGUUCGCAAUCUCGAGGUAAACAUCACAGAAGAGCAGUCUGAUGAGUCUCGUAAGAAAGCCAAUGGGAGCUCUGCUAUCAAUCUCGAUGCCUUCCGGUCACGUUCAUUCGCCGCAAUAGCAGCAGCAUUCUUCUCACUUGAAUUUGCCAUGUUUGGGAUAUCCGGUAACUUACCAACUCUCUCAUUACAGUCUGGAAACCCUGUGGAGACGGGCUACAACCUCAUUGCCAUCAUCAACGGAAGUGGUUGCAUUGGCCGUGUCGUUUCGGGUUUUUUGGGAGAUGAAUACGGGCAUUGCAACGUCCUAUUUCUCGCAAUCAUUCUCACAGGAAUUUGCACGGGGGCUACGCUUGUGCCGUUUGCCACCACGCAGGUGAACGCAUUGUAUGCCUUUGCGACGUUGUGGGGUCUGGGCACUGGCUUCUUCUCAGCCCUCAUCCCAGCUUGUCUCGGGAAGACAUGUGAACACAAAGACUAUGGGCGUUACCUCGGAGCUCUCAACUUCACUGUUAGCUUCGCGUUGCUCAUCGCUGUGCCGAUAGGCGGACAGAUGCUACAGACAUUGGGGGCUCAGGCACUCGCAGGUCUGUAUGUCGGGGUUCUUUGCAUUGCUGCUGCUGUACUCUACACAGCUAGAUCUUUUCUAGCAGGAUCUUGGACGUCGGUUAAAUUGAGGGUUUAA